AUGGGGACACUGCGGGAACACGGGGACAUCACUGGGCAUGGGGACAUCAAUAGUGACAUCAUUGGGGAUGGGGAUGUCGAUGGGGGCAUCCAUGAGGAUGGGGACAUCAGUGGGAACAGGGAUAUUGAUGGGGACACCAUGGGGGGAACACACGGACAUGGGGCACAGGAACGUGCGGACAUCCCAGGGCCACGGGCGUGCGGCACACAGGGAUAUGGAGGACACAGGAAUGCGGGACCCGAAGGCAGAGGAGCAGCACCAGGACAUGGGGAUGGGGCCGUGGAGGGGACACCGGGACACGGAGGGACUCGGGCACCGGGGGAGGUUUCCCCAUCCCCGGCCCAGCCCAGCCCGGGACCGCCCGAGGCCAGGGCCGGGCUCUGCUCCCUGCUCUAUAAGAGCCAGAGCCGCAUCCCGGGACAGGCUCCGAUCAUCCGGUACCAGCCGAUCGGGAACGAGCCGGGUCCUGCCGGCAGCGGCUGCAGCGAGUUCACUCUGGAGCCGACUGAGAGCAGCGGCCGUGGGGCCGAGGGGCCCCGGGGACCCCAUGAGCGGCCCCUGCAGCAGCCGGGGGGGGUCUCUGCGGAGCGGGGCUCGGGCCCCGGGGAUGCACCGGAGGCCGUCACCGACCCCGACAUGGAGGCUUUGUUCGACGAGUGGCUGGGGCCAGAGUCCUCCCCGGAGCUGACGGGGCCGUCGCUGGCGCCGCCGCAGCCCCGGGGCCGCCCGUACCGGUUCGUGCUGCGGGACCCGGAGCAGCGGGGGCUGUGCCUGCGGGGGGGGCGCCUCGUGCCCCUCCCCCUGCAGGGAGCCAGCGCCCAGCAGGAAGAGCCCCUCAGUGCGGUGCCCAACCCGCACCUGCAGCGCCGGCGCUGCCCCCUCCUCGUGGGCAUCCGGGGGGGCAGCCGGGCCCUGGCCUGCAGCCCCGGCCCCGAGCCCCGGCUGCAGCUGCUGGAUGUGGGGCUGCUGGAGCUGAUCUCGCGAGAGGAGAGCGCCGCCCCCUGCACCUUCUAUAAGAGCUUCGGGGGCUCCACGCACACGUUCGAGGCGGCCGCGAGCCCCGGGGCCUUCCUCAGCACCGGGGGGGGGCACGAGCUGGGCCUGGCCCCCCCCGACGGCGCCACCGCCUUCUACCUGCACCGGAUCUGACCC